AGGCAAAAGAUAAAUAAAUAACGAAAGAGCAGCGCCCGUCGCUUCGUAUUAUAAGCGAUAAAAAAAUUGAGUUUUUGACAAUAAUUGUUAGGAAUUAAAAAUCAACUCGACUCGCGGUGAACAAAAAUAUAGUUAUCGAUCGAUAAAACGCAACGAUAUUUGUGUGAUAGAAAUGUACAAGGAAAAUUCAGUGAACAAUUACGAUUAACGAAAAGUGCGAAAUCUUUGGAUAUGUCGCGUUCACGUUUCUCUCGGUGAAGAGACACGCGCGCGCCCGCGCGGACGCACGCGCGUAGAAUUAACAAAAGAAAAAAUAAAUCGAGUACAAGAAUCUUAGAAGCAACUAUGUGGGCUUGAUGAGAGAGGGAGAGAGAGAGUCGGUGUGCCCGUGACCGGUGAAAUACGUAUCUCAUCGCGAAGAUAAGUAGUACUGGAAUCUCGUUGACAUAAGUACCCAGCACAGAGGUCGGUCUUGGAAGCGACACAAGGAAUAACGAAAAGUGCGAUGUUUCGGAGGCGACUCGGACACCUCGAGCACCUGUUGCUCCUCGCUUUAUUCGUAGCCGUUUCUUCUCAAGAGAGCCGAGGAAGCGAAGGAUGCGGAUAUCCAGGAGCACCGGCUCACAGCACCGUCCGCUUCACCGGAGGUGGGGUCGACGAUGUUCUUGACGAGGAAGAGGCGUUGCUCAAGGACACCAACUUCCCUCUUGGCACCGUUGCCACUUACUCGUGCGAACGGGGAUUCGAACUUCUCGGACCUGCCAGGCGACAGUGCUCACCGGGAGGCCUUUGGUCACCGGAGGGUGUUCCAUUUUGCGUAUUAAACGUUGCCGGUGGAAAGGCGCCGAUGCAAUCGAGCAGCGCAGAGGGUGGAAUACCUCAGCGUGCGGUGGACGGAAGCAGCGGUCAGAUUUACACGUCCCAAACUUGUACAUUGACGAGAAAGGAACUCAGACCGUGGUGGUACGUCAAUCUUUUGGAGCCUUACAUGGUUCAACUGGUUCGUCUCGAUUUUGGAAAACCAUGUUGCGGGGAGAAUUUACCAGGAACGAUAAUCGUUAGGGUUGGCAACAAUCGCCCGGAUCUCGGGACAAAUCCAAUUUGUAAUCGUUUCACCGGACCGCUCGAAGAGGGCCAGCCUCUCUUUCUUCCCUGCAAUCCCCCGAUGCCCGGUGCUUUUGUCUCGGUUCAUCUCGAAGCUUCAAGCCCAACGGCGACUCCGGUACAGCUCUCGCUGUGCGAGGCGUUCGUCUACACCGAUCAGGCUCUUCCCAUUGAAAGAUGCCCCCAAUUUCGCGAUCAACCACCCGGUUCGACCGCCACCUACAACGGCAAAUGUUAUAUUUUUUAUAAUCGGCAGCCUCUCGCUUUUCGAGAUGCUCUUGCGUUUUGUCGCGCCCGAGGCGGUACUCUCGUCGACGAGAGCAAUCCCGCGCUCCAGGGUUUCAUCUCCUGGGAACUCUGGCGUAGACACAGAAGCGACACUUCGAGUCAAUAUUGGAUGGGAGCGGUGAGAGACGAAAAAGACAAAACAGUGUGGAAAUGGACGGGUAGCGGUGAUCAAGUGUCCGUUUCAUUCUGGAGUCUGCCUCAAGGAACGGAGGAAAAUUGCGCAAGAUACGACGGAAGUCGCGGAUGGCUCUGGUCCGACACGUCGUGUUCAGCGAGGCUCAAUUAUAUAUGUCAACAUCAGCCUCGAGCUUGCGGAAGACCGGAACAACCGCCGAAUUCGACCAUGUCCAUAAUAAAUCAAUCCGAGGAAAGAAAUACCGGAGGGAAUUACCAAGUGGGCGCAUUGGUCGAGUACAGCUGUAACGCGGGAAGUUUGUUGAUCGGACCAUCGACGAGGACUUGUCUCGAUACCGGUUUUUACAACGAAUUUCCUCCAGUAUGCAAAAGUAUAGAGUGCGGAUAUCCAGCGAAUAUAAAACACGGAGAGUACACGCUCAUAAAUAACACGGUCAGCUAUUUGAGUCAAGUUCUUUAUUCGUGCCAAGAUGGAUACGAAAUGACCGGACGUGCUCGGCUUACUUGUGAUAUUGACGAACGUUGGAACGGCCCUCCACCUCGCUGCGAACCCAUCCGUUGUGACUCACCUGCGUUGGUCGCUCACAGCGAUAUUGAAAUCGACGGAAUCGAUGUCGAAGACACGACUCAAGCUAAAAACACGAAUCGCAGCCUUUUAGUUGGCAGUAUCGUCACUUAUACCUGUCAUCGUGGAUAUCGAAUCUCCGGUCAUCGGCAAAUUCUUUGCUUACCGACCGGAGUCUACGAUCAUCCGCCUCCCGUUUGUUCAGAAGAAGUACGUACAACCGCGUCAUUACCAUCGAGAGUAACGUCGCGGCCGACACUACCGCGAGGUAGGCCGUUCCUGCCGACGAGAGUGCGAACAACGUCGACGACAUCGACUUCGGUCGUAACGAGAUCAACGACGAUUCGGGAAGAAGAGGAGAACACCUCGAGCCCCCCGGAAAAAACGUCGCCGCCUCCCGGUGGAGUGGAACUUCCGGCAAUUGUGAGAGAAACCGUUGGUAAACGACCAACGAUAGGACUCGGAAAAACGGCUGCGUCACCAACGAAUUAUCACCAAGGCGAAGGUAGCAACGAUCAUCCUCAGGACAACGAGAUUUCAGGCAGCGGCGUUGACAAUGCUCAGGCUAAAAUUGGCACCGGCGUGCCCGAGCCUUCGGGACCUUUCAGGGUCGAUCGCUCCGAUGCACCGGCACAUCAGGCUAAACUCAAUUUAGGCGCUGUCAUCGGUCUCGGCGUGUUCGGUGGUUUUGUCUUCCUCGCCGCAAUCAUCACGACCGUAACGAUCCUCAUCCGAAGGAACCGUGGAAGACGAAGGAAGCAUUAUCGUCAUCGCGCAUCGCCGGAUUGCAACACCGUAGCGAGUUUCGACAGUGGUUCGUCGGAGAGUCGAGGAGGAUUGAAUCGUUAUUAUAGACAAGCGUGGGAAAAUCUUCACGAGACAGCUGGAACGAAAGCGAAUCAUUCGCCGCUUCGUCGCAAGGAAACCCUGGAUGAACCUGGGUAUCGUGACAAUUAUCGCGGUGCAAAUGGAAACGAGAGAGAUGGCAUCAACGAACUUCCGGUCAAUGAAACAUCGUCGUAUCCGGCGAGUAAACCAUCGAGUGUCAACGACAAGAAACGUCAUCAUCAUCAUCAUCAUCACCAUCAUGGCAGUUCUACGACACCUGAUUGGAGACAAUCACAAUCCCAUCACCGUUACUGAAUUUAUUAAAAGCUGUAAUUCGGUUUUUAAGUAUAGAAUUUUUUUUUUUUUCGAUUCUGCGCAUAUUUUUCGGGAUUAAAAUUUCUACAGUUGCAUCAUUCGAAAAAAUAAAUAAAGAAAAAUUGUAAGAAAUAUCAGAUACCCUGAAUGCGCUGUUUGGUUGCGUCCGCAUAUAGGUGCGUACAUUCAAUUGAUUCCCCAGCAGCUAACGGCUUUCAACUCAAUUUUCCUUGUUUUUCGUAAAACGUAAUAUAUAACGAUUUAUUAAAAGAACCCGAUAAUCGAAGCAGGGAGCACGUUUCUGUAAAUAUCAUUAAACAAUUAUUUCGUAACGUUAAGGUUCGGAGACUUUGAGUCCAUGGCUCAUCGCAAUCGCGAGUCGGACUCGCCCCGAGUCGGAGGACAUGCCAAAAAACGAAAACAGUUUAUAUAUAAAAUAAUAUAAACGUAUUAUUAAUACAUUUAUAUUAUUGUAUACAUCCAUAUUAUGUACACAAAUUUAUAUAACUAUUAUAAAAUUCAUAAUAAUAUAUUGAAGAUCAUAUUAUAUUUUACCGUUUCGUGUAAGUGCGAGUAUGUGAAAGAGUAGCAUGAAUGAGAGAUUUUCCAUAUGGCAAAUAAUUUUGAUUGCGAGUAGAGAUGAGCAUCUUCGGUUAUUGCGUUGAGAAAAAAAUUUCACACGAUUCCAUUAUAUAAAAUGAAAAUAACGCACUUGUUAAAGAAAAAAAAAAAACGACUGCUUGGAAUUCGAAUAAUCGUUUUUUCAACGAGAUGAUAUUUUGUUCAAGCCACGUAAGUUGCUCAUUUCCGCUUAGAAAGACUCCCGCGCAUGUUAAUUUAAUGAAAUAAAAUUUGAUAUCUGUACUCGUAUCAAGAACACUUGAGAUUUUCACGAGCAAUUUGUUUGUUCGCAGUGAGAUUGAGAUUUUAUGGGCUCUUUGGCCUCACCUUGAUAGGAGAAUCGCGAAGAGUUAUUUUUUCGAUUUCUCGGAUCAGAUGAAAAACGAUGAAUCGACUCAAGGACAGGCCGACGCAGCCCAUUUCGAUCUUCAAUCGGCGCUUUAA